GAUUCCUUCAAAGUAUUAACGUAAGUUUGAUUUCAUAGUAUAUUACUGUGCCUUAAAUCUAUCACCACAACCACAUAUACAAACAGCUUCAAAUCUGAGAGACUUGUUUUUGGUAUCACAGCAUGGGACAAGUCUUUGACAAGUUAGAUGGUAAGGAGUGGAGGAAAAGGCAAAUAAGAAGGAUAACAGAUCGAGUUUUUGAAAAAGUACAGAAUCAAAAGGAAAGUGAUAAGUUGAGUUUUGAAGAUCUGUAUAUUGCUGUUUUACUCGUGUACAAUGACAUCAACAAGUAUAUACCUGGUCCCCAUUUUGACCCUCCAUCAAAAGCCAGAGUCAUAGAACUCAAAGAGAAAUGUGAUAUCAACCUUGAUGGGGAUAUUGACCGUGAAGAAUUUUUUGAUUUCAUUCUGCAAAUGACAGCUGAUACAUUCACUGUUGUUAGCCAAAAACUUAUUGUCACUUUGGUUGUAGCACCAACAGUUGCAGUGGCAACAAAGAAAGCCACUGAGGGUGUUCCAUGUGUUGGGAAAGUGGUGAAGAAGAUACCAAAUUCAGUUUAUGCUUCCCUUGUAACCAUUGCAGCUGUGUGGUUCCAGAAAAAGGCUCAAAGUUCUUCACUUUAGCCAUUGCUCAUCAAGUCUUUCACACAGAAUGGUUGAAUUCUCUGGAUUGUGCACAUAGGAUUGACACUGUUUCCAUGUUAGAUAUAAAAUGGCAGUUGAUAAAAAGGUUAAGUAUGUUUUUGUUUGUAAACUAUAAGGCAGAUUUGAUAUUCGUUUCUAUCUCAAACUUUGAUCCUGUUAGGUUGUUAUACUUAAGAAAGGCACGGAUGUAGUUAUUUUCGUCCAACGACGUUAAUUGUCUUUGGAUGUGACAAACGAAAAACUAGUUGGAUGCAAUCCACAAGUUUUCCUACUAUCAUGUGAUUUGCAGUUUGUCAUGCCAGAAAACAAUUAACCCGUUGGGUGAGGAAGACUACACUCAUGCAUGUCUUAAAUAUGAGGACCUAACAAUAUCAAAGUUUGUCAUAGGAUGAAAAUCAAAACCAUGUCAUAGUUUAGGGACAAAAACAUAAUUAACUUUUUAUUAAAUCAAUGAUUAAGUUUCACAUUUUGGACAAUAGACCAACUCUUGAAUUCUUCUGUGGAAGGUUAUGUAAUAUGCAUGUAAAUAAACUUUGUUCUAUAAAAUUGUAUACAAUUAUAUAACCAUUUUCUUUCAUUUUUA